AUGUCCUUCCUCCCCUCCAUCCGCGCAUCCACCCGUCUCUCGGGCGCCCGCGCUUCAUCCAUCCUCCCCCGCGCCACAACCUCCGCAUUCCACACCUCCGUACCUCGCCGGGGCCUCAAGGAGGACGAUGACCGAGGCCGCGACGAACUAAAGGACCAUUACGAGGAGGAGAAGCAGAGCCAGCUUAAGAGGCAGAAGGAGGGCAAGGGCAAGUGGAACCAGAACCUUGCCAGCAGCAGUGAGGCUUCGGUCAAGGCUGAUCGGGGCGAGGUGGACAGCCAUGAGAGCUUCGUCGACCUGCAAGAUAAGACCAAGAACGAGCCUAAUAAGAAGGCGUAA